GAACUUUAUUAAGAGCCAUCAAUAUGGAUACUGCUCGAGUAGAAGGCCGAGAGCGCUUAGCUUGGAGAGGGAUCCCAGAUGAAGAAACAGAACAAGGAAUCAAGCAUUUAGCAGAGCUUCUCGAAACUAUCAGAUAUAACACGUCGGCAUUGUGGGCCCUUGUGUGGAUAAUUCAUGGGGACAUACUCAAGAAACAUAAGUUCUCGACCGAAAAGGACUAUGGACAUGACUUGGCUAUGUUAUCCUACGAUGGUACUCCAGAGCAUCUUUUAGCACUAAAGCUACAAAGGGAAGCCAUUAUUCAACUCAAAAAUCCAGUUCAACAAGCAAUCGCCGUCGAUAAAACUUGGGAUUUGACUCAUGCUACUAAAGGUCUUUCAGCCUUGGACGUCUCUGUUCGUUUGAAAGAGAGGAUCAAGAAAAAAGCUGAGCAGCAGACCCCCAAUCAAAUAGUAGCCCCUAGUGUGAGGAAUAAAGAAGGCUCUGCUCCAGCAAACUCACACAGAACUGUCCAUAUCAAGUCGUCGAGCCUACCAAUUCUUUCCCACUUGUUCCCCAAUACAGUAUAUGAGUACGCUGCUAAGCCAUUGGAUCGGAGAACAUUUGUUACAGCCAUGGACGACGCUGAAUUUACAUCAACGGAGUCCGGUGGCUCUGCUGUUACAUUCCCUAUUACUGAUAAUGGUGGAAGUAUAGUAUUCCAAAAGCCACAUCCUACUGCGAAGGUUGAACAAUUUAUGUUGCAGGGGUGGGAAAAACGAUUAGAAAAGUGGUUCGGGUGGACUAUAGAGUCACUUGUUGUUACAUAACCUAGGAGAUCAUGGCUGGAUAAAGUAGACAGAAAUCUAGGUUAUCUUUUUGAGAGCA